UUCUCUUCUUCCAUGCAGUGUGGUCAUGGGCGUGUAUGUGGGCGUGGGCGGCAGUCUUCGCCCUCCUCUUCGCACGGGCGUGUGGGCGUGGUGGAAUUAAAGGAGAGCCGCGGGUGUUGACGCAGUGGCAGGCGAGGAAGGUGGUGCGAGAAGGUGACUUCGUUAAGUUGACGUGUCCGAUUAGCGGCCACCCCGACCCCCUAUACGAGUGGUUCAAGGACGGGGAGGCGGUGACGGAGACCUGGAAUCGCUACGUUUCGAAGAAGAAGAUCCUGCGCAUCAAGCCGGCGCAUAUGGAGGACGGAGGCUUCUUCACCUGUGUGGGCGUCAAUGGCUUCGGCAAAGUCAACACCUCCAUGUCACUCAUCGUGUUGAAGGACGGGGAGCCGGAAGGAGACCUGAUGAAGCCAGAACUGACGGAGGUGUGGCCAGAGGGCGUCCUCCAGCGCCGCCGCGGGGAGGGCCUCGUACUAACCUGCAGAGCGAGAGGCCUCCCCACCCCGACGGUCACCUGGUACAAGGACGACCUGCUGCUGAGCAAGGAAGGAGACCAGCUGACCUUCAGCAGCUUAGUGCCAACAGACUCGGGUCGCUACACCUGCAGGGCCAACUCGGCCCUCGGUGGCACCUCCGCCAACUUCACACUCCAGGUUGGAGAGCCGAGCGAAGAUCACGAGCUGGAGAUUAGUGAGGCUGUCAACACGACUGUGGUGGAGGGAGGCACGACGUCCCUCCAGUGUACUGUCCGCACCUCACAUCCUCCGAGUGUUCAGUGGCUGAAGGAGAUACAGGCGGAGGAAGCCGGCAAAGAUGGCACUGGAACACAGGCGCCCAACUCGACCCGGCAGCUGGGAGGCAGGUGGUUCCGUCGGGUACGAGGCGCGGGGGGCGUGGUGGCCCGCGGCGAGUCUCAUUACCUCUCCAAGCUCACCAUCGCCCACGCCACCCCGGGCGUCGCCGGCGUCUAUGUCUGCCUGGCGAUCAAUCCGCUCGGGUACUCCUUCAGAGAGGCCCACCUCACAGUCCUGCACAGCGAGGCUGACAAGCAGUUCCCUCCGGUGAGGCAGAAGGACCGGAGCGUCAACUGGCUCUUCCUGAUCAUCCCUGCAGUGGUGGUGGUGGUUGUGGUGGUGGGCGUGGUGGUGUGUCAGCUACGGAAAACCUCACCGGACAAGCCUGUGGGGGUGACACCGCCCACUCCGGUGCUGAAGGGGGACGAUGCCUCCGCCCUCACGCCCUUAAACCCGGAGUCCCACGCCCUUCCACGCCCACCCGACCUCGUUUAUCAGGAGGUGAGCAGUGGUUACCCCGGAGGCAGCAUCCGAGGCAGCACCAGCAACGGCGGUGGGGUCCUGCAGCAGCAGCAGCAGCAGCAGCAGCAGCAGGCAGCAGGACACUACACUGACCACUAUCCAUCGCCUUAUCCGGACUCCUACGUCGAUCCUGCUUACUCGGACCCGUACUCCGGGGAGAGAGGACCGACGCGCUCGUCCGACCAUAGCUACGCCCGCCUCACCCACCCAUCACAUCCUUCUCUAGCCUCCCACACCUCCCACACCUCCCACGCCUCCUCCAGCCCACACUUACCCCCUCCCUACGUCCACUCCCACGGGCAUGCGCACUCUCAUGCGCAUUCGCAUAGGCACCCGCAAUAUUUUGUUCACUAUAAUCUAUAGACUAUAAUGUUUUCCAAAACAAAUUCCCAACUAGUUGCAUAGAUAAUUUUUAACUUUAUACACCAAAUAGCGAGUUAAAAAAAAGUGGGGGGGAAACAGGGUUUAAUACCAGCAUGUAAGUACGUAGAGAGAACACUUGCUACCUCCACCUGCACUAGGGGAUAACGAGCACUCCAGCUGUGCCAUAGACCAUUUACAUAGAGAAAAUAUAUAUAUGUAUACCAGACAGAAUGUCAUACCUGAUGGAAACAUAGAUCUGAGAGAAAAGGUGAUUUCAAUGAAUAAUAAAAAGGAUGUUAUCAAUAAUAAUGGUGUACGAAUAAAGUAAAUGGGAUGAAUAAUGCGAAUGUGGGUUGUGAGUGAAGAAAAUGGGAUACGACGAAAAGAAAAUUGGAUGCGAUUGUAAUGAAAACAUGAUGCCUCUUUAUAGAAAGUGGGAAAUUAAGAAAAACACAUUCGACUAAACAAUAAAUGCAAUAUGUCGAAAACUUAAAUAUAACAAUUAAUGACACGGCUAAAGAAAAAAGAAAGAAAAUAAAAGCAUAAAGCCACUUAAAAUGGGCGCAAUAAAACGAGAUGCUCAGUUUUGGUCAAAGGAUUUGUAUUGUGCAUUAUAUAUACAUACAAAUAUUAUUAGAAUGAAGAAAAGUACAAAUCUGUACAAUAUCAGUCUAGUAGGCAGCAUAUGUGAUGGAAAUUCAAUAAAAAAAAAAACAAGAUAAAGCAAAAAACGAUGGGCGCUGAUUCACUAGUAAGGCGUCAGUAACAGCAAUAAUACAAAAUAAGAGUCUCUGUGAAUUCGCUUGUUUGUGGAGCGCAAUAUACCCAUCCUAGAGAGGACAGUGUGCGUGGGUAUACUCACGUACCCGUCCCAGAGAGGUCGCUGUGUGGGUGGGUAUACUCAGGUGCUCAUCUCUGUGUCUAGGUACGUGUAAAGAAAGACGUCAAAGACGGUAAGGCAAGGUAAAGAGAGGAAAAGUCGCCUUCAAGAUCACUACAUAUCACCUGGGAAGUCUCCACCUCCGAGUCAGAGAUCGUCAUCUGCCACUUAGAACAGCAUCCACUGUCACCUGAAGCAUCAUUGAAAAACAACCUUUAUGCGCACGUAAGUGUGGAGGCUGGGAACCAUCGCCUUCCUUUCUCCCUUACUAGAAAAAAAAAGUUUUAACGAGAUUGGACGCAUAUAUGUGUGUGUGUGUGUGUGUGUGUGUGUGUGUGUGUGUGUGUGUGUGUGUGUGUGUGUGUGUGUGUGUGUGUGUGUGUGU